AAUUACAAUAAGAUAAAGAGUAAGUUAAAACACUUAAAGUUAAUUUACAUUAAUAGAAAUCAAAUUCAAUAAUUUAGGUUCACAUAUUAACACAUAACUAUUAAAUAAAAACUAUUAAAAAAUAACUUGAAUAAUAAAUAAUAAAUUAAUUUAAGAAAUAUUAGUUAUCUUCAUGAGCAAUUUUUUUAUCAAUGUAUCAAACUCAUUUUUCCUGUAAACUUUUAAUAUUUACAAAUUAUUAUUACUUAUGAGUUUAGAUAAAUAAGAAAAUUACCAUUAUAUUCAGCAAUUCAAGAAACGUAAAAUCACGUAUUUAACUUACACUUGUGGAACCAAAAUCGGCCAAUUUUACCCAUUGUCUUUUGUUUUAUCAAAUUCGUUUAUUUUUAUUAAUUACAGUUUAUUAAUUAUGAUACAUAACAUUACGUAAUAUCAAAGCUACACAAGUAAAAUGCAUUAAAAGAAUUAGUUACUCGCAUAAGAAUGACAUCUACAUGUUCCCUGAAUUAUUUACUCCAAAGACCCAGAAUAUAUUGCUAACGAAAUAAAUUUAUAAAACAUAAAUCUAUAAUAUUUAGUUACUACAAGAGUGAAGUACAUCACAAAUAGGUAGAUAAAUUUAUGUUGUUUUUUAAAUUUAUUUUGUUAGGAAAAUAUUCUGUGCCUUUGUAUCUUGAAAACAAAUACGGACCGUUAGGAAAACAUCACGGACCGUUUAGAUACCAUUCUUAUUUGAGCAAUGACUAAAUAGUAUGUCGUUUCAUAAAUUUAUUUUGAUAGUAAAAUAAUCCGAAUAUCUUCAAAAAAAAAAAAUUUAGGAAACAUUUAGAUACCAUUCUCAUACGAGCAACUAAUUUUUGUAGUAAACAUUAUUCUUAUAGCUAUAUUACGUAAUAAUAUUUAUUUAUUUGUGAAAAAUGACUUCUUUCGAUUACAACUGAGAGCGAAAAAUAACAAAUAAUUUAUAUUAUUAAUUCUUUAAUUUGUUUUAUAUACAUACUUGUUUUGUAAUGGCUUAAUAUUAAGCUAUCUGGCCAUCGGUAACAUUUUUAUAAGAAAUUUUAGAGCAAAAAAUUAGUCAUAAAAAAUUACGUAUACUUUCAUCAGCAAAAUAUAAUAAUAAUUAGCAAAUACCCAUAUAUAAUUUGAUAUGUUCUAAUAAUAUAACUUAUUGUUAGCUAGCUUAAAGACUUGUGGGCAAUCAGGAAAGCAAAAAAUUGGUAAAUUUUUUUAAAUGAGUAAAACUGAAUGAACUUAUUUAUUGAAAAACCUUUACAUAUAAAAGAGGAACACUUAUAUAAUAUGCAAUAAUUUUUUUAUUAAAAAAAAUUUUAAAAUAAGUAAAAAAUAGCAGCUCAUCGAAGACGCUUCCAAAAUAAUUUGUCUUGCAAUGUUCAUUCUAACGCGUGUGUUAAGUUAGCCCCCACACAUUAAAAUUCUGAUAUGAGUUCCGAUUUUAUUUUUAAGAGAUAAAGAAUUCUGUGUAGUUUAAAAAAAGAGUUCUGUUGAUUAACGGUCGGAAAUUAAAAUUUAAAAAAUGGGAUGCUAACUUCUUAUCGAAAUUUCAGAUUCGAAUAGUUUUGAAUGGCUCAAUAGUUUUAUUUCACGAUUAUCUAGAGUUCCUGAAGCAUAAAAAAAAUUUCGAUUAAAAAAAAUUAAAAAUUAUUAAAAAUUUGAUUUUAAGAUACGAUAGUUGUGAGAUGUUUCUAUUGUUAUUUUACUUAUUUCGCAGAGUUCUUGACGAAUAAAAAAAAUUUAGAUCAAAAAAUUAAAGAAUUAUGAACUAUAAACAAAAUUUCAAAAUCAGUUAAAAAUGACAUGUAUCUGCUUAUCCUGUCAUCCAAUCGUUCUGGCUUAUAAAACUUUUCGCCAGACUUAUCGAGAACUACUCAAAAAUGUAAUUAGAACUAUUCGGAACUGCAAAAAAUUUUUCGACCACGGUAUUUAGAAAAUUUUGCGAUCACCAUUUAAUUAUGUAACAGUACCUUACAAACCGUUGACCGAAUCGUUUUGACUUGUAAAAUUUUUCGCGAGAACUCGACGAAAACUAUCCAGAAAUGUAAUCAGAACUAUACGGAACUCCAAAAAAUUUUUCGACCACAAGACUUAAAAAAUUUUGCGAUCAUCGUUAUAAUACGUAACAAUACCUUGCAAACCAUUGAUCGCUUUCAUUCGUAAGACUUUUCGCUAAAACUCGUCGAGAACUAUCCAGAAAUGUAAUCAAAAUUGUUCGGAACUCCGAAAAAUUUUUCGACCAUGGGACUUAAAAAUUUUUUACGAUCACCAUUCUAAUAUGUGACAGUACCUUGCAAACCGUUGAUCAAAACGUUUUGAUUUAUAAGACUUUUUGCGAGAACUCGUCGAGAACUACCUAGAAAUAUAAUCAGAACUAUUCAGAACUCCAGAAAUUUUUCGACCAUGAGAUUUACAAGAUGUUCGAUACCGAUUCUACAUUUUUGCAAACUAUUUGUGUGAUCUCUUUGAAUAAUAUAACUUUCCAUCAGAAACCCUAAAAACCUACCAGAAUUUUAAUCGUAAUUGUUUAAAAUUCUAAGAAACUUUUAGUUGCGUCAAGUUUACACAGUAAAAAAUAUUUUGUAUUUGUGUUAAAAUUUUUCCUUGUAAAAAGUUUUGUGUUAAAUUUUUAACACAGUUGUGUUAAUUUACCAUAUUACUGUUGUGUUAUUUGAACUUUUGUAUGUUAAAUUAAUAUUAACUAUUUUUAAAAGUUAAAAUAACACAAUUUAUACGUAAAUACAUGAAAUCUUGGUGACGUAUUUUAUAUGUUAAAGUGAACAAAUAAAUUAUGUUACUUUCCUCUUUGUAACAGUUACCAUAUAUUAAAUGAACAUAUUUCUCAUGUUAUUAUAAAGAAAUCGUUGUCUUAUAUCGUUUGAUUCCCCCCAACCCCACGCAACGCGACGUUCGUGUUUAUAGCCGCUGCAACAGACCAACAAGUCCCUGCGUGUAGCGAACACGGAUGGCGUAGCGUAUGUACCUCACUUUUCUCACUUUAGUGAUUAUGUGUAAGUGUGAAGUUAUCGCUUGAGACUACCGUGUUUUUUUCUGCAUAAGAAGCAUUUUUCUAAUUCCCACUCAGUGAUCUCAGUGUGUCGAUUACGACCAUCGUAAGUAUUAUGCGAAAUCUUGUGAUUUAGUCCUUAUAACUUCUUAAGUAAAAUUAAGGACCAUCACUAAUACGGCUGUGUGACGACGAUUUGCAAAUAAUUAGCUCGCCGGCUAUUUAAUUCCAUUGAAAACGAAUUUAAUUGUAUAAACAUCAACUAUGUCGAUGAAAAAUUAUAGUCGCAGAAUAGCGCCAAACGAAUUUGAAAAACAAGGGGAUUGUUUUAUUUUUCUACGCAAGAGUAAAAUCGUGUGCGAAUACGAAACUCUGGACAAAAUUCUUAUUCCUCUAUAUUUAUCGUUAAACAUGCAGGAAAUUAAUAUAAAUUAUUUAUUCUGCGUUUUGCAAUAUAAAGAUGAUAAAGUAUGGGUAAAAAUUGAAGAGCCAUGUAAUUUUCACCAUUUUAUUGUAAAAGCCGAAGAAACUUUUCCCUCAUUAAGAAAUACAGAUUUCAUAUUCACUGACAUAAACAAUGCUAAACUGGAAUCAGAUAUUUUAUUGGAUUAUGUUCGAAUAAAUCCACAAGGAGUUAUAAUUAAAAUAAAAACUGUUACAAAUAUCAUUGAUAUCUCAUUUUCGCAAACUUCUGAAGAAAUAAAUAUACCAUCUACAAGUUCAGAUAGAGAUGCAGAUAGUUCUAUUGUAGUAUCAGAUAUUUCUGAUAUUAGAUCGGAUAGUGAUCCUGAAGAAUAUGCAUCAUCCUCAAAAAAAUGCAAAUUAAAUACUACCGCUUUGGAAAAUGAAAUUAUAUCAAAAAAUGUAUGAUAAGUAAAUUUCUUUUUGUUUUGCUUUAUUACGUUUAUUUUGUUUUAUUAUUUUAUUAAUACGUAUUGUAAUUUUUUUCUAGAAAUUACGUGAAAUAAUAAAAGAUUCGGCGUGCGGACAAGAAAUACUUAACGAUUAUGAAAAAAAUAAAUAUUUAUCGGAAAAGAGUAGAAGGCUCGUAGUAAAAAUUGUUGUGCAACAUUUAAUAAAAUAUAAAGAGAAAGUAAACAGACAAAUUUUAUCUCAUGAAAAAUGUAGUUAUGCACAAGCUAUUAUUGACCUCUUUCCAAAUUUAAAAAACACUGAAGGUGAUCUUGGCUAUGUAAGUUAUAUUUCAUUAUUAUAAUAUUAAUCUUUGUCCAUACUGCGGUUUCUCAAAUUAUUCAUAUCACCUUUUAAGUGAUACAAUAAAUUUCUGGUUUCAAAUAUCUUUAGAACUGGACGUCCAACAAUCUUUUGUUAGUUAAAUUUGAAUUUAGUCUUGAAAAAAUUACAAAAAGAAAUUAUUCUGAUAAUAUGGAAAAUUUCAUAUUAUACGUAAUUAUAUAAUGUAAUGUAAUGUAAUUUGUACAAUCUGUAUACUUCUGCAUUGAAUAUUUCUUUAUUAAUAUAUUUUUAUUUAUAAAUUUAAUUUAUGUCUUU